AGCGUGCGUAUACAGUUCCCUCUCAUCAGUUCCUUCGCGACGUACCUUGAUCGAUCUAUUCGUGUGUAGAAAGAAAAACCUAAGGAGAAUAAGAAAAUAUACAUGCAUUAUAAAAGAAAAACGAACGGAAAAAAACCUACGACUCACAAAACUCUACCUAAGCAGACCCCGCAGACGCGUAAUUCCAGUUUCCCAUUGGGUGUUUGCCUUAAAGUGCGCCAUAAACUAACAAAACUGAAACCUAAAGUCAGCGACGCCCACCACCAGCAACUGGUCACCUGGACAAAAAAAAAUAUAUACAAAAAAAAGGGGUGGAGAGAGGUGAAAUCACAGAGCUAUAUAGAAAAGAUAAAGCCGGCAGCAGCAGCAGGAGGAACUUCCAAGCAACGUUGCCGCUUUUCAGCGACGACCAAUCAGCCCGAAAAAAGGCAGCAAUUAAAGCGAGGUGUUAUCUCCCAGAUAGCGAUUAGAGGUGCCAGCAAAAAAAAAAAAAAAUAUAAGCAACAAAAAAUCAUAAAAAACAUACAGAAAAAUAUUACCCCUUUUUGAGUGGAAAACCCCCCCGGAGGAGAGAGCACUUUGGAGCGGACUGAAAAAGUUCAGAGUGCCGUCUAUAGAAAAUUCACUAGCAACGAGAGCGAGGCUCCACACUUUGGAGCACCUGAGAGCGAACAGAGCACUCAGACACACACUCACACACACCUGAGUGUACACCUGAGAAAACGUUGGAGCUUUUCUGUGUUGUUUUUUUCGUCGACGGAGAAGUAUACACAUAUCGCCUGUCAAAAUGUUUGCUGUAAUGCGAAUCGACAACGAUGACUGCCGGUCCGAUUUUCGCCGCAAGAUGCGUCCAAAGUGCGAGUUCAUUUGCAAGUACUGCCAGCGGCGAUUCACCAAGCCGUACAACCUGAUGAUCCACGAGCGCACCCACAAGUCACCCGAGAUCACUUACUCCUGUGAGGUGUGCGGCAAGUACUUUAAGCAGCGCGACAACCUACGUCAGCACAGAAAUCUACACAUGGACACUUGUGGGCGUGGCUGCUAUGGGAAGUGAGUGGAGAAUAAAGAAGAGAAGAACAACAACAACAAUAUUUGCAACUAAUUAAACAGAGAACCAUAUUUAGUAAAAGAAAAGGAAAAACAAUGCAGAAUGCCUAAAACUAAACAGUUUUUGAUUAAAGAAAAUUUAUAAAGAUCAAUAAAAUAUUUUCUUUAAAUUAUGCAGCACUUUUCCUAUACAAAUUGCAAUGUUAAAUGUUAAUUAAACAAUCUAGAAUAUUAAAUACAACCAGCAACAUGUUACCAGCAACACCCCGCAUCAGCAUCAUGUCAACCAACAGCAAUCAGCAACAUAUCAGCAUUUCCAGCCCAGCAACAAUCUACGAAGAUGCACUCUCCAGCAACAUGAAGACAACUAUCAUCUAUAAUAACGCAACAUUGUUGCUGCUGCCUUGUUGCCAAGAGAAAGUGCAAUUAAGCUUCAGCUUUUUGUACUUUCCGCAUAGCAACAAGUCCAGCCAGCAACAUGCAACACCAAGCCAGCAACAAUGUUCCCACGCACCAACAACAAUUCAACACUCAGCUGCAAUUAUCUUGCCUUAAAAAAAUUUGAUUCCAUAAUUAAUUACCAUUUAAUAAUAAUAUUAAAAAUGCAAAAAAUCAAAAAACAAACACGAACACACACCCGCACACAACACGUACGUCAUAAGUAUUUGUAUUUUUAAAAAUCUAAAAGCAAACACGUUGAAAAUGUAUUACAUAAA